AUGUUUAUCAAACCUUUUAAGAUCAAGUCUAACAUUCUCGUGACGGGGUCCGAGAAGAAACGGUUAAGGCAGCGCGUAAUGGCACAGUUUAAUCGAGUGGAUGAAGAGUCGGCAACAUCACCGCUAGCUGAACUGUUCGGGAAUCGUGCUAAAGUCUGCACGGUCAAGAUUAUUACCUACCACGAGGAACCGAUCACUGUGUACACCAGCGAUAAACGGCCCAUAUUUUUUGAGCUUAGUGGGAAGCUUCUGCCGACUGUCUAUACGUUGUGGAGCUGUCCGGAUCUGGUCCCAGCAUUCACUACCCAUGCCACAGUACUGCCCAAACUGGCAAACGGUGCCGAUCUGAUGAUACCGGGUGUGGUGAAACAGGGCACUAAUCUUGCGUCCUGGGGCCGGCAUCAGAAGGAUGACGUUGUGGCGGUGAACCUGACGUCCAAUCGGGCCGCAGUUGGUGUUGGGUUGCUGGCACACUCUAGCAGCGAUCUGUACAUGUGCGGUGGCCACGGUGUUUGCGUGCGAAUGAUGCACGUGUUCGGUGAUAAGCUGUGGGGUAUGGAACCUUCGGUGUGUCAGCAGGUCCCACUGCAAGGAACGGUUGUAUCCGUACCGACGGAUUCCGAUUUUCCGCCGCUUGGCAGCGAAAAAGUGAAACCGGCCGAAGAUUGUGUGAAAGAAGUCACAAAAUCGCUGGCAAAAACUGCUGUCUCUGGUAAUGAAGAGUCCGGCAGCGAAGGAGACGAAACGGACGAAGAAACCCAAGAACCGGAUGAGGAGGAAAAACCUCCUAAUCCGGACGAUCUAAUAAAGGGCGCAUUUUUGAACGCUCUGAAACUUCAUGGCAAGAAAAUAACGCUUCCACUGCUGACGAGUACGUUCUACCCGCAGUACGUUCAGCCGGAAAUACCGGACGGAAUCGAAAUGAAGAAAAGCUCGUUCAAGAAGGUAGGCACCUUUUUGAAGCGAAUGGCCGAAGAAGGAAUCAUCGAGAUAAAGGAAGAGAAAAAGGGUAUCGAGAAGGUGACAGCCAUUAACCUGGAACAUCCGGCCGUAUUAUCGUUUUAUCCGUACAAGGUGACAAAGCCUUCGGUCGAACAGGAUGCGUGCGGUACGGUUUCAACUGGUGCCACAUCGAACCCCUUGCUACUGACUCAAAUGACCGCCAUGUACGCGGUAAAUGAACGGACGGCGAAGCUGUUCGGUUGCUUCAAUGUGGCACUCGGUACGGCGCUAGACUUAACGCAAGUGCGCAAUUACAUGCGAGACUACGUGGGGCGGAACAAACUGAUCAAUCCCGUCACUAAAUUGGUCACGCUGGAUGAAACGUUGCAGGGAAUAUGUGGUGCCAGUGAACAGCUUGUUGCCCUGCCGGAUCUUACCGAGACGGUGCUCAACACCAUGACCAGCACGUUCGAGAUGCGCAGCCAGAAAGGGGCCGUCACGAAGGGAGGCAAACGAGCCGUCAUACACUUGACCACCGCGACACGAAGCGGAAACAAGAAGGUGACUUUAAUUAGCAACCUCGCGGAUUAUGGCAUAAAUGUGAAUGAUUUUGCGAAAGCGGUAAAGCUGGGUGCAGCCGCCAGUACGACAAUGACGGAAGUGCCCGGAUCGAAGGGUGAGCAGCUGAUGGUACAGGGCAAUCAUGUAAAGUUUGUAUUCGAGCUGCUCACCACCACGUACCAGGUUCCGAAAGCCUGCAUAACGGGAUUGGAGUUUGCCAAGGAACAGAAAAAGAAAAAGAAAAAAUAA